CAGCUUCUUCUCGCGCGCGAGCUCGUGUGCGCGGUCGUUCAUGCCCUCCUCGAGCGCGGCGAUCUCCCUCGCAUUCCUGCGCGGGUCCUCCAGCAGCUGCCGGCGCUCCUGCUCCAUCGCAACGAAGUCCUUGUCGUCGUCCAGCGGAAGCUCGCGCAGGGGCACGCCCUCCGGCUUGGGUCAAGGAACUGCCGGUCCGCCAGCUUCUUCUCGCGCGCGAGCUCGUGUGCGCGGUCGUUCAUGCCCUCCUCGAGCGCGGCGAUCUCCCUCGCAUUCCUGCGCGGGUCCUCCAGCAGCUGCCGGCGCUCCUGCUCCAUCGCAACGAAGUCCUUGUCGUCGUCCAGCGGAAGCUCGCGCAGGGGCACGCCCUCCGGCUUGGGUCAAGGAACUGCCGGUCCGCCAGCUUCUUCUCGCGCGCGAGCUCGUGUGCGCGGUCGUUCAUGCCCUCCUCGAGCGCGGCGAUCUCCCUCGCAUUCCUGCGCGGGUCCUCCAGCAGCUGCCGGCGCUCCUGCUCCAUCGCAACGAAGU